AUGAAGACGUUCAUGAACCUCUCGGAGGGCCAGCAGGUCACGCUUGAGAAGAUCACAGCUUUGAUCGGGCACGAGCAAGCGGCCCUUAUAGUGACGCAAGGCCCGGACGCACUUUGUGCUCGUCUCGAAGCCUUCUCGAACUUUGAGUACUCGUUAAUCGUGUAA